GUAGAGAGCUGAAGGAAAUGAGGAGAAUUUGCAAGACAACGGGACAGUUUAUGAAUCUGAGAAACAGGCAUUGUCUCUGGAGUCCUGCUUAUCUAGAAUUUGUGAAGAAUAGGUUGGAAUGAGGCCUUCAGCCCAGAUCUGGAUGUUCACCGUACGAAGAAUCAGAAACCAGUAAAGGAGGCCUAAAUGCUAAUGCCACGCUGAGCUGAACAGAAUCUCUUCAUCCAUUUAUGAAGAGGCUGUGUUACCAAGUUGUGUAGACGCUCAGGGUCUCUGGCAUGUGCACCAAUUCUUCUACAUGGGACCAAAAAGAGAAAGCUUGAGAAGAAACUCUGACAAAGUGUUUCUAGGAUAGUCAGGCUCAGCCACUGCUUUCUCACCUAUGGUUUGGUCUCCCAAGACUGUCUGAGGCAUCAAAAGUGUUGUCCUCUGCUUUCAAAGAAGACAGUGCUGAUGUUGAAGGCUGGUGAAGACCAAAAGUUGUGUCAUCCAUCAGCAUUUUGAGGGCAUCCAGAGUUGCUGGUAGAUAUACCACACGAGCAGUCAUAGAUCUGGCCCUGCAUUGAUGAGCCAGCCGCCAAUGAGAACAGCUGUCUGACACCUUCAAAUAGUCCACAGCCUCCCCAACCUGCUGUGUUCCGAAAUCGUUUCAGGAUAACGCUUUACCUGACCCGGUAACAGAAGCACAGAAAAAUCAGAGGGGGCAGAAACAUGGAAAAAGACAUUCUAACUCACAUUGAGCCUCCGAUGACCCAGGCAUGCGACACGGACCUGGCCACGGCGGCAGCACCUGCAAGAGCCCCGCCUGGGCUUCAGACUCCGCUUGAAGGUGCUGUGUCCGCCGCAAGUAGUGGGGUACAUGUGGGACAGGAAAGCAUGGAGCCAGGAGAGUACGAUGAGGUGGAAAAAAUGUCUGUUCUUAGUUUGGGGCUGAGCGCUGAGGCUGAUGCCCCACACGCAGGUGAGGUUCCGGGUCACGCUGCGUUGCAGGGGACCAGCAGCCAGGGCAACACAGGGAAGAAAACCAGCCGGAAAAGGAGGAAUAGAAAGGAAAACAAGGUUGUAUAUCUCCCCUGGCCUCUGACGCUACAGACCCGGGCAUCUUCUGCAGCCCCAGUUCUGGGCCAGACUUGUGUCACAGGGGCUCUGCCGAUUGCUGAUACUGGAGUCGGCGCGGUGUAUGAAAACAGGGAGGAAGGGGAGUGGGAUGACAAGGAGAAGGUACCCGUUGCCACCUGGCCUGAGAAGGCACAUGCUGGCGCCCCACUGCCAGCAGAAAGUACAGCUCAGGCCUCUCUUGAGGAGGCGUCAGUGGCAGCCAAUGAGGAGAUAAAAGGAGACCAGACAGGCAGUCAUAAAGGGAGAAAUAAAAAGAACAAAAAGGUCAUGGCCAGUCCUUGGCCUCUGACAGUACAGGCUUGGGUGUCGUUCACAGGCCCAGGCCAGAUGCAGAUGGCUACAGCAGGGGCAUCGUCAUUUGCUAGGGAUGGUGUCAAUGCGGGGCCUAAAAGCAAGGGUCAGAAGGGUGAGGCGAAUAAAACGUCAGCUUGCACUCCGUACCAGAGUGCACAGGACGGUGCCCCCCGCUCGGCUGAGGGUCUGGGGCAGGCCUCGUGGGAGGGGGCGUCCCCCCCUGCUGACAGCCCAGAAAAUGAGGAGAAGAGAGCCGCCUAUAAAAGAAGGAAUAGAAAGGAGAGAAGCGUCUCGGCUGGUCCUUGGCCUCUGACAGUACAAGCCUGGGCAUCAUUUGCAACAGCAGACCAGGUGCAGACUCGCCCCCAGGGCGAGUCUUCUGUUGCAAGUAUGGGGGUGAACGUGGGGCCAAGGAACUGGCCCCAAACAGAGUAUAGUGAGGAGGGAGCACAGGCCGCUUUUCCUUGGCCUGAGAGGGUCCAGGCUGGUGCCCUCUUCCCGGCAACAGCCCCGGGACAGGCUUUACUGCAGGGGCAUCCUUCCCAAGACCUACAUUCCAAGGUGAGAAAAAUGUGUUGGAGACCCCAAGGGAGAGAGAGGGAACUGGUUCCGAGCAAUCCAGAGCAAGUUCGGGAACCCUGUCAGGGGUGUAGAAGAACCGAGAGACACCUGAGGGACCAGGACUUCUGGGAAUGCACGGUGAUGAAUUUUGCUAGGCAGGUGGAUUGUUGCUAUUGUGGGGAGCUCUGCUCACAACAGCAGAUGGAGGCUUUGACCCUGACCAAAGCCCACACCCACGUCAGCACUUCAGUGAUGGGACCAGAGAGGGAGAGGGCUAAAUCUCAGGCAGUCUGGAUGGAGAAAUGGGGAGGUUUUUGAGACGCAGAGGAGAAAAGAAAGAGACCUAAAGAGUAUUUUGGGUCCUGGAAGUGCCACCGUCUAUAUCUGUUGGGAAGGAGGUGUUUAAAUGCCACUCUGAAUAGGGGGUGCCUGGGUGGCUCAGUCUGUUAAACGUCCAACUCUUGAUUUUGGUUCAAGUCCUGAU